AGUCAGCUUUCUGCCGGGCUCAGAGUUAGGACCGCUGGGUGCUCCCUCCUGCCUGCCUGGUAGGGGGCGCAUUUGAGGGCGACGUCGGAGCCAUAGCCGUGAUCCCGUGGACACCUCCAGCUCCUCAGGCCUCUCCUCAUAGAAGAGAGCUAGCUGCAGGCAGAUCAGAUUCCUCAUGGAGGAACCAAGGCGCUCGAAACGACUUCGCUCCAUGGCCCCAAAUCAAGCUUCAGGUGGGCCUCCUACAGAGCCAGGCUGCUCUGGUGUGGACCGUGAAGACCCUGUAGACCCAGUCCAACCGGCAAAACCCACUGCUUAUGUGAAACCCAUGAGAUGGGAGCCCCAAGCUCGCGCAGAGCCAGCUCCUCCUGCAGGAAGACGCCAGCGCAGGGGAGGAAGCUGGCGGGCAGGUCGAGGCCGUGGCAGUAGGGCUGGGCUUCUCAGGGUCCCGGGCCAGAGAGCCGGGCCAGGCAUGUACCUCCAUCUGAAUUACCAUGGAGAGCCAGGCCACCAGGGGGGACCGGAAGCCGGGCAGACCCCAGCCUUCUCUUUCACUGAAGCAGCUCCUAUGCCUGGAAUUGUGCCGGAAGGCCCCGGCCCCCAUGCAGCCCAGCCUGAGGUGGGGUUUCAGGAGCCACCUCCUGCUCCUGGGCCUGUGGCUGUGGCCAGGCAGCCCAUGUUGGCCCUCUAUCCCUGCCUCGGGUUCAGGCCUCUGGGUGACUCAACUAUUUUGCACAUUGUGCAGACCUCUAGUGGCACCUCCGUGUACAGGGUCCCAGUGUUCCUUGCCCACAUUGCACACUAACCUCUGUCACCCAUAUUGCUGCCAGCCUCCUUUUCUUCCACCUGGUCUUUCCCCCUAUCCCCAAACUCUAGCCCCAUUUCUGCUCCAUUCCUCCCUGCCCAUUCCAGUCAGAGCCCUUACUUUGUGUUGUCAUGAGCCUCCAAGUCCUCCUCCCAGGAUCCUGACAGUAGUCCAUCUGCUUCCAAUGCCCCUCUUGCCUCUGCUUUGUAUGUUCUGUCAAAGAUACACAUGCAUGGAGUUCCUCAAUGCUUAUUCAAAUAAACCAGCAGCUCUCUGAGUCCUUUUAAUGUGCUUAUAUUAAAAGCCAAUUAAAGAUACUUGGGA